AUGAAGGGCGCUGAGCACACGGUGAGCCGGUGGCCCUUUCCCCGCCUCUGCGUGAAACUCAACAUCCCAACUCUGCCAAACAAGAACUGGAAACUUCGGGGCGUGGGCGCUGGAGGGACCGCCCUCCCCACUCACCCCUGCUCCCUCAGGCUGCUCACGGUGUACCCCGGCACCAAGGCCUGCUUCAAGCACCCAGGCGACCGCCGCCGGGUGCAGCUGCCGAGCCUCGGACUCCAGGCGGUGGGUGUGGCCGGGCGGCACGCGGACGCCCUGCGCGGCCCUGAGCAGCUGCGCGGGGACCCCACCAGCUUCCCACUGCUGAUGCAGCGCUUCCCGGGGGGGCUGGCCGCUCGCCUGCAGGGCGAGUGCACGGUGGCGGUGCAGGCGGCGUGGGAUAAGUCCCUGACGGGCCUGGCGGUGGGGCUGAGGAGAACGUCCACGCCCGCGGGCCUGUCCGCCCCGGGCCUGUGGCUUAGGCCUGUGGCGUAG